AUGAGUGCUUACCCGACCGGUCAGGUAAUGAUCAAAGAUCUCAGUAUUGCAAUUGGACAGCGAGAGAUUCUUGAGCACGCCCAGUUCCAGCUUCAGGUUGGCAAGCAUUACGUCCUAGUUGGUCGCAAUGGAGUUGGAAAGUCCACAUUACUGCAGGCCAUGGCGACCGAUCAGAUCCCCAGCAUACCACAAAGCCUCCGAAUACUACUACUCGGCCAGACCCAGUCAAAUCUCGAAGACAGCAUGAGUGACCUCAAGCUGUCCGACACCACUGUAUUGGACUUCGUUGUGCGAAUUGACCGGAAGCGCGAGACCCUCUUGGCUGAAGAGAGGGCCCUGACUACCGCCAUCGAAGAGACCGGGAAGCCCACGGCCGCCAUCCUCGCCUAUCGCAAGGUCCAUCACGAAAGAUUGGGACGCCGAACGGAGGAGUCAAGGAAGAUGGCAUCACGGAGAUCUGGCGCAAGAGGCAUGAAAGCUCGCAAAAUUCUCAAUGGUCUGGAAGAAGAGCUCAAAGAAUCUGCUGACAGACUGACGCUUCUUGAAAGCGGCAUCGAUGCUGUCUCUCUGGGACAUGAGACUCAGCAGGCUUCUGAUCUGCUCGCCGAGAUACAAGCAAGUCUUGAGCUGAUGGGGUCCUUCUCCGCCGAAGCUAAGGCAAAGUCGGUUCUAGUCGGGCUUGGGUUCUCGGAAGAGAGCAUAGAGCAGCCCAUGUCACGAUUAUCGGGCGGCUGGCGCACACGAUGUUCUCUCGCGUGCGCACUCAGUCAAACGGCGGACCUUCUUCUGCUAGACGAGCCGACCAACUUCCUGGACCUGCCUUCGAUCAUCUGGCUUGAGCACUACAUCCAAGAUCUGCCGGCAACAGUGACCGUGCUCGUGGUAACACACGACCGCGCCUUCGCCGACGGCGUCGGAGAGGAGCUACUCGUCAUGCGCAACCAUACGCUUGAGCGCUUCCGUGGGAACAUCUCCGCAUAUGAGAUCGAGCGCGCCAAGAACUACAAGUAUCUCAGCCGCAUGAAGGAAGCUCAGGACAAGCAGAAGAAGCUCAUCGAAGCGACGAUUGACAAGAGCGUCAAAGCAGCGAAGCGUGCUGGUGACGACAAGAAGCUCAAACAAGCGGCGUCUCGGAAGAAGAAGUUGGAUGAGCGUUGGGGUAUGGAGGUCUCGGCGAAAGGGGGCAGGUUCAAGUUGAACAGAGAUCUUCCGGGGUACCACAAAACCAACAGAGAUGCGAUCGAGGUCCCUGAGUUUGAUCCACCCGUUCGGUUCAGCAUACCUACGACGCCAGUCGACUUGCGCUUCCCUAGGGCUUUGCUAUCGAUGGAGAAGGUCUGCUUUGCUUAUCCGAAGAACAGAAAGGCCCCGGUCUUGCAAGAUGUUGACCUCACCAUCCACCAGGGCGAACGGGUUGGCAUAGCUGGCAGGAAUGGUGCAGGAAAGUCGACUCUGGUGUCAUCGGCUAUGGGUGGUCCGGACCAAACACCUUCGUCUAUUAAGCCGACUUCCGGGACAGUGUCAAGACAUACGCGAGCACGGAUUGGGCUCUACUCGCAGCACUCUGUCGAAGAGCUGAACAGCAUUGCCGCGGAGAAGCCCGAACUAACAGCGCUGUCGCACCUAAUGGAUUUUGCCCGCGCCGAAAUGGCAGAGAAAGACGCCCGGGGGCUCCUCAGCGGUCUUGGUCUCGUCGGGCGAACAGCAUCAGACGUUCCCAUUGCGCUCCUCUCCGGCGGACAGAAGGUCCGGCUUGCGCUAGCUAAACUGCUGUGGACGCCACCACAUCUCCUCAUACUAGACGAAGUUACGACGCAUUUGGAUAGCGAUGCCAUUCAGGCUCUAGUCUUAGCGUUACGAGACUACGAGGGAGCGAUCAUGGUCGUGACGCACGACCGCUUCUUCAUGCGAUGUGUCGUUGAAGGCGAGUCUGCGAACAGUAUCGCGAGGAGCUAUCGACCUGGAGAUGACGACGAUGAUGAAGAGAGCUCGGAGGAUGCAGAGGAGAGUACCCGGCUGAGGACUGUCUACAGAUUGACGAAAGGGCGGCUGAAGAAGCUAGAGGGUGGCAUGAUGCAGUACGAGGAGCUUGCUGCUAAGGCGUCGAUGAAGAUGGGCAAGACCUGA